AUGACGACGCCGGCUCUCCUGCCACUCGGCCGCAGGAUACCCACCCUGUCGCCGGGCGCCUCCUCUUUCCCCGCAUCACAGGGCACGUUGAGGCUGUCCGAGAAGUUCAUCCUCCUCCUCAUCCUCAGUGCCUUCAUCACCUUAUGCUUUGGGGCCUUCUUUUUCCUCCCGGACAAUUCCAAGCACAAGCGGUUCGACCUGGGCUUGGAGGACGUGCUCAUCCCUCACAUCGACACACCCAAGGAGGGGAAGCAUGCCUCGGGACAGGUGAUCAUACAUGGACAGGGGGGACACGAUGAGCACAGACACAGGGAGGAGGAGGAAAGCCUGCGAGACAAGAUCCGUGCAGACCAUGAGCGAGCACUGCAGGAGGCGAAGGAGAAGCUGCGAAAGUCACGUGAGGAGCUGCAAGCUGAGAUCCAGACGGAGAAGAAUAAGGUGAUGGAGGACCUGAAAAAGAAGGACCCGGGGCCCAAACCGCUGCCACCAGUCCCCAUGCCCAAGGUGGUGGGAGUCAGCGACGGAGAGCCACCAGAGCCCGACGUCAAGGAGAAACGAGACAAGAUCAGAGAGAUGAUGAAACACGCGUGGGACAGCUACAGACAGUAUGGCUGGGGUCACAACGAGCUGAAGCCCCUCGCCAAGAAAGGACAUUCCACAAAUAUCUUCGGUAACUCUCAGCUGGGAGCCUCCAUCGUGGACGCUCUGGACACUCUGUACAUCAUGGGUCUGCACGAGGAGUUCAAGGACGGCCAGGAGUGGAUCGAACAGAACCUGGACUUUGGCGUGAAUGCCGAGGUGUCAGUGUUUGAGGUCAACAUCCGGUUUAUAGGAGGACUGCUGGCCGCCUACUACCUCUCUGGCCAAGAAGUAUUCAAACUCAAGGCGGUCCAGCUAGCCGAGAAGUUACUUCCUGCUUUUAACACCCCAACUGGGAUUCCCUGGGCCAUGGUCAACCUUAAGAGCGGUGUUGGUCGUAACUGGGGCUGGGCGUCGGCCGGCAGCAGCAUCCUGGCUGAGUUUGGGACUCUGCACAUGGAGUUUGUUCACCUGACGUACCUGACAGGAAACCCCGCCUACUACCAGAAGGUGAUGCACAUCCGGAAGCUGCUGGCCAAAAUGGACCGACCCAACGGGCUCUACCCAAACUACCUGAACCCCCGAACAGGCCGCUGGGGCCAGCAUCACACCUCGGUUGGAGGACUUGGGGACAGUUUCUAUGAAUACCUGCUGAAGGCCUGGCUCAUGUCCGACAAGACCGACUCCGAGGCUCGCAAGACCUACGACGAUGCCAUCGAGGCCAUCGAGCGCCACCUGAUCCGUAAGUCCAACGGCGGCCUGACGUUCAUCGGCGAGUGGAAGAACGGCCACCUGGAGAGGAAGAUGGGCCACCUGGCCUGCUUCGCCGGCGGCAUGUUCGCGUUGGGCGCUGACGGCUCGCCCGACGACAAGGCCGGACAUUAUUUGCAGCUCGGAGCUGAGAUCGCGCACACCUGCCAUGAGUCCUACGACAGGACAGUGCUGAAGCUCGGCCCGGAGGCCUUCAAGUUCGACUCCGGCCUGGAGGCGGUGGCCGUCCGGCAGAAUGAGAAGUACUACAUCCUUCGGCCGGAGGUCAUCGAGACCUACUGGUACAUGUGGAGGUUCACCCACGAUCCCAAAUACCGGCAGUGGGGCUGGGAGGCAGCACAGGCCAUCGAUAAGUACUGUCGAGUGAGUGGAGGUUUCUCUGGGGUGAAGGACGUCUAUUCGUCCAAUCCGACCUACGACGACGUGCAGCAGAGCUUCUUCCUGGCUGAGACACUCAAGUAUCUCUACCUGUUGUUCUCCAGCGACGACCUGAUGCCGUUGGAGAGUUGGGUGUUCAACACGGAGGCCCACCCUCUGCCGGUGCUUCACCUCGGCAACAUCACCCUGCCGGGCAGCGAGCCGGCUCAGCGGUAGACGGACCAGACCGUCCCCACCACAGCACCAGGGGGCGCCACCCGCCUGCCCACAUAAAGAUUAAACAAAACAAACGCACCCACCAACACCGGACAAACUUCCAUCCAGACUCUCUACCACUUCUGAACUGCAGCUCAGAUCACUGCAGAGCGAGAGGCCGACUCUCUUCUUUCCGUUUUACUUCCUGACUCUUUUCUGCUGAAACCAGAAGGACCGACGGUGGGUGUUUGGCUCAAAUCCACUCUUUUUCUCCGACGGACGGACGGAGCUCCGAACCAGAGGCUCGAUUAGUUUCUUCUGUUGUUAUUUUUAGUCUUCAUUUGACCAAACUUUGCUCCCGAACAGACUCGUGAUGGGAUUUUGUGAAGGAUUACGUCGCAGUUUGACACUGUGCAGAUGGAUUUAUUUUUUUCUUUUCCAGACAGACAGACGUGAGGACUUUACAGGGUCUGCUGAUGAGAUGUGAUUUUUUUUUUUUUUUUUUUGUGGUUUUUGAUUUGGAAAAAUGGGGACACAGGGUUGAAUCAAAGCCCUUCGCUUCUUCUUCUUCUUCUCCCCGAGCUGAGCCCAGUUUAAUCUCCACCAGACGAACUUUCUCCUGAAACUUUUGGCGGAUCAGCGUCGUUGCGAGGGGCGGGAACGGAUCUCACCUCCUCUAAUCCUCAGUUUUCAGACCAUCAUGAGUGGAUGUGUAUAGACUCCAGCAGGCCUCUUCAUCUCCUCCUCCCACCCAACCCUUCUGCUGCUACUCGACUGGAUGCUGCUUUUUUACCUUCAUCGUUUCCUCGCUCAGAUCUCCUGUCCUCUCGUUUCCCUUUCGCCUUUUUUUUUCCAUGAAUCCGAUUGUUUUCAGGUUGCGAGACGACGAGGCGACGAGGCGACCGUGCUUCUGUGACAGUAUGUGUUUGUGUGGUGGUUGAGAAGAAACAACCUCCUGCUGUAAAUCAUUUUGUUUGUGCACUUUGUAUGGAAAAGGCUAUGAAGACGAGGACAGUAGAGGUGUAGCACUGAAUAAACGAAGGCCUUCUCAUGUCUCACUGCUGAGCUCCGAAAACCCGCCUCAUGUCAUCAGGUGCCACUUUACUCUCGCAUUAACUCAUCGUUUUGUCUUUUUCAACUUUUUUUUUCUACUUCUGCCAUUAAUUUUUCAAGCUUCUGUCAUCUUUUUUACCUUCUAUCUCCAUAAAAAGUCCAAAAACCUGGAGGCCUUCAGUCUCAUGGUUCCUACAAGACUCUAAAAUAAUGUUUAAAUUUUGUUUAUCACUUAGAAAUUAAUUUAACGUUGGAAUCUAGUCCUUAAAAGUCCAUUCACCUGUUGAAUUUACUGCAAACUUCCAACCAGCUACUCUCCAGGCUGAUUGGUCUCAAUGUUCAGCUUAUAAAUACUGAUUUAAAAUCACCAAACUGAGAUCUGGGAACAACAAAUAAAUGCGUAUUUAACCUGUUUUUAUACAUUUUCCGAUGCAAAUCCUCUGCUGAGGCUUUAUAAAUGAUAAAAAGUCAGAACAUCACCCCGCUCUGUGUCCUGGAACAUAUCAAGAGUUUGUUGUUUUACUUUUAAAGAUCUCAGUCUUCUUCGUCAGUUUGGCUCGAGUUUAAACGUUUGAUUUCCUUCAACGGAUUUGUCGAAAAGUCCCAAAAUAUGGCAGCAGGAAAGCGGCAAACUGAAAACCAUUCGUAAAAUAUCGUAUAAAUAUGGAAAGUGAUGGACCAAGAACCAGAUUUUUUUCCCACAUUUGUUCUCACAUGAAGCUAAAAGGAGCAACACAAAACAGUCAGUUUGAGAUGCUAUAAAGAUGCUAAAAGUCUAAUUUUAAUAGUCCAGCAUCAACUUUAACGUUAUUUCUCAGCUGAAUGAACCAUAUCAGAGGCAGGUUGUGAUGAUGAAUGAAGGAAAUCAUCUGUCAGUGUCCCAAAUUUAUGAAAUAACAUCUAAAAAAUGGUUUUAAAUCAUGUUUUUGUUCUAAAAUCAGUCAUAUUUUGCUUUUUCUUUAAUACUGGUGUCCGUUAUUCAUAUGAGCCAAAUGCUUUUCAGUUUAUUUCUUAUUUCCAGUCAGUCUAAUAGACGUUUUUCGGGACUCAACCAAGAUUUUUAAACCAGAUUAUGACAAAACGUCCCUCUAAAAGUACAGACAGCAAUCUAAAUAAUGGGUUGAGAGAGACUUAAAUAUAUUUUCUAAGACAUUAAUCUCAUGUGUCCAAAUUCUGCAUAUCAGUGGGCUAGUUUAGGUAGAAGAAAUCAAGAGUUUGACUGCAAAAAUGAUUUUAAUCCAGGUGAGAAAGCUGAACAGUUGUUUUUUUAAUGUGCAACUGUUAGUUUCUGACUUUUUCUCAAGCCUUUUUGUCAAAUGUUUUUCUGUUUCACUGCUUUGUGUUUCUGAUGCGUCACCGUGACAUAAAUCCUCUUUUCUUAUUUUCUUGUUCGCUCAAAUACAAAGGUCGAUGCGAUGGUGUAAAAACGUAGCUGACAAAAGACUCCAAGGAUGAAAAGAAAAAGUUCGACGUUUUGUUUACUGCCAUGUGAAUCAAAACUUCUUUAAAAAAAUUGUUACAUUAUAGAAUUCUGCUUCUUCUAUUCCCACUUUUGACCAAAAUUGAGUUAACUAACCAGCUGAUUUAACAUUUAAUAGCCAAGUUUGUACCAUGUGGAGCUAAACGUACACAGAUAUUACUAACAACACAUUUUCUGACCAUAAUUUCACUGUGACUAAUCACAAUUUUACAGAAAUAAAACAACAUACUUACCAGUCAGAAUGACAGAUAUCUGUAAUCUGGUUUUGUCUGGUUUAAAUCUUUUUUUACGGAGCUCUUGAUUAUCGCUCCAACAAAACAUUUCAAAGUUAAACAGCUGCUGUGUUGGAAAACGCCAUUAAAUAGGAAAAGCUCAUCAGGGAAGAGUUUGUGGAGGACAAGAUCUUGUUUAAUUUUACACAUUUUUGUCCAUUUUUUCAUCCCCAGACACACUUGUUAACCAUUGACGAAGUCUGGAUGUCGGGUUUUUAGCCUGGUUGAAAUUUCAAGCUUCCUUCAACUUUCACUUGUUGUAGCUUCCAACGUGCAGACAUCAGCGACGCCAUUUUGCUGAGUCAAAGCCAUAAAAAUAUCUGUAAUAUUCCAUUUAGACAGGUCGGAAUUCCAGUUUAAGGAAUCUACGAAAUCUGACUAGUUCUAAUGUACCUCAAAAGGACGAUGAUCGAACGCAUUUUUCACAAACUCGAGUGAAUUUCUUUUCACCUACGGCUGAUAAAAUUUAACUUUUUUAGUGAUAAUAAACAAUUUAAAAGGUGAAUUCUUUAAGUAGUGAGUAACGUUAAUUCUGAGCAUAAUAUAGUGCUUGAUUGCAUCUUUUGAUACCUUGAAUGGAGUUUCAUUGAAGAUAUCUUGAACGGACUUUGAAGAUAUCUUGAUUUUGUUUAAUAGAAGAUAUCUUGAAUUAAGUUUUACUGACGAUACCCUGAAUGGACUUUGGGUGGAGAUAUCUUGAAUGAACUUUAACUGAAGAUAUCUUGAAUGAACUUAAAUUGAAGAUAUCUUGAAUGAACUUUAAUUGAAGAUAUCUUGGAUGAACUUUAAUUGAAGAUAUCUUGGAUGAACUUUAAUUGAAGAUAUCUUGGAUGAACUUUAAUUGAAGAUAUCUUGAAUGGACUUUAAUUGAUGAUAUCUUAAACUGAAAUUACGACUAGUCAUACUUUCAUAAUUGAAAUCUGAAACUGGAUUUACAACUUGUCGUUCAUUCAUCGACGAAUUAUGAUUUGGACAUCAAAAAAUGUUCUUUUUGACUGGGAAGAACUAAAUUACGGAUAUCUAUGAUACAUAUCCAAUCUGGCUAUUAAAUGUUAAAGGUUUUAGCUGAUGAACAUCAAUUAGAACAGGAAUGGAAACAAACAUUUGGUGGUAGUUGAUGCGACAUCGCUAAGCCAUAUUUGAGAGUUAAAUACGAAGAGGUUUUGAGUUUCUAUUUAAACAUCUUAUUGGGAAAUCUUGAAGGUAGCAGUUGCAGAGGAUUGAUAAAUGUCUUAAGUUUUGACUCCCGUGACAUUUCAUUAGUUGGGUUUUUAUAGCUUUGACCAGGAGUCAGGUCGAGUUCAAGUUAAAUCAGCCCAACCUCAUUAUUGACGCUCAGUUUUUUUAUUUAAAGUUUAAAGGAACCUCUAAAUUAUCUCCCUGGUGACUCCCGUGAAGAUGUUUUUAUUUCCUCCAUUUUUCUCAAUGUCAUCCAUCCACAAUCUUCUCACCUGAAGUCAUUAUUUCAUUACUAACGGUCCAUCGAUGCAGUACCGUCCCGGCUUGGCCCCUCCCCCCAGUCUCUGAUGUCACUCUGACAUCAUCAUCAUCAUCACCUCUAUACAAGGAGGCGAAAUCUGGGCGGCCGCGAAGUUGCUGGGAGUGAUUUUGAAAACUGAGUGUUCUGUAUUUGUAUUUUUACUGAACUAAAAAAAAACAAAAUAAAGUUAAACUAUCUGUAAAUAUGUUUAAAACUGAGACACAAAUUCAAUAAAGAUGUUAUGAAAAGUUAUCAGAAA